UGACGGAGGCUGAAGACUGCAGGGUGCCCCAAGUGUUAAUAUACCAGCGAUGAGCUCCUGCAGUUUGAGACAGCGAGAAAGAGGGUGGUGGUAAGGGGGAGGAAUAGAAGGAGUAGCGAUAUUCUGCUACAUUAGUAGCGCAGGCGCCCAGAGGAAGAGGGAACCUUAUGUUUUAAAGGAAGGAUACAUUUGGCAACACUUCAGUAACAACCGAAACCACAACCAUUGUUCGUUCCGCCGCGAACAGCUGAUCCGCGGGACACUGUGUGACAAGGGAGAAAUAGAGCUGUAAUUCAUCGCUGCAGGAUUAGACAGGACGGAGCGUCAGACCUGUGGGCAGGACAAGGGAGGUGUCUGUAAAAAACCCAGGAUUAGCGGAGAGGGGGGUUGGGGGGUGGGAAAAAGUCGGGAUAAGCUUGCGAAUCCAUCAUGGGCCACCCUCCGUUGGAAUUCAGCGAUUGCUCUCUGGACAGCCCGGAUUUCAGGGAGCGGCUGAAGUCUUACGAGCAAGAGCUGGAGAGGACGAACAAAUUCAUCAAGGAAGUAAUCAAAGACGGGACCUCGCUCAUCAAUGCCAUUAAAAAUUACUCCUCUGCUGUGGUGAAGUUUUCACAGAGCCUGAAUGUAUUUCAGUUUGAAUUUAUUGGAGAUACAUUGACUGAUGAUGAAAUUAACAUUGCUGAAUCUUUCAAGGAGUUUGCAGGGCUACUGCAGGAUGUGGAGGAUGAAAGGAUGAUGAUGAUUCAAAAUUCCAGCAACUUGCUAAUUAAACCCUUGGAAAUUUUUAAGAAAGACCAUAUUGGAGUUGCAAAGGAGAGAAAGAAAAAGUUUGAGAAAGAGAGCGAAAAGUUCUACUCUGCACUCGACCGACAUCUGGGUCUCUCCUCAAAGAAGAAGGAAUCCCAGCUCCAGGAGGCAGAUGUCCAGGUUGACAAAGAGAAGCAGAACUUCUACGAGGCGUCCUUGGAGUAUGUGUACAAAAUUCAGGAGGUUCAUGAGAGAAAGAAGUUUGAAGUGGUGGAGCCAGUACUGGCGUUCCUACAUGGCUUACUCACAUUCCAUCAUUUGACCUUUGAACUAACUCAGGAUUUCUUGCCCUAUAAGCAGCAGCUUCAGCUAAGCUUGCAACACACGAGGAAUCACUUCCUGGGCACUCGCGAGGAGAUGGAGGAUCUCAUGCAAAGAAUGAAAGAAGCUCCGCAGACUUGCAAGCUACCGGGCCAGCCCACCAUCGAAGGCUACCUCUACUCUCAGGAGAAACGGGCUCUGGGGUUCUCCUGGGUGAAAUACUACUGCAAAUAUGUGAAAGGGACCAAAAUUCUAACCAUGAUCCCCUGUGAUCCAAAACCUGGAAUGAAGCAAGAAUUUAAACUGAAGUCCUGCAUUAGGAGGAAAUCCGAAUCUAUUGACAAGCGAUUUUGCUUUGACAUUGAGAUGUUUGAAAGGCAAGGCUCUGUCACACUCCAGGCUCUCUCAGAAGCCAACAGAAGCUUAUGGAUUGAGGCGAUGGAUGGCAAAGAGCCAAUCUACAUCACUCCGAAUGCAAAACCAGAGCAAAUGCAACUGAAUGAGCUUGGCUUAAAGUUUGUGAAGAGAUGUAUUAAUGCUGUGGAGACCAAAGGAAUCACCACAGAAGGUGUUUACAGAACUGUUGGCAGCAGCUUCCAAGUACAGAAACUACUAACGCAGUAUUUUGAUCCAAAUCAUCCUGGUGAUGUUGAUCUCCAGAACGUUGAGUGGGAUAUUAAAACAAUCACCAGCGCACUGAAGCACUACCUCAGGAAUCUUGAAGAGCCAGUGAUGACCUACAAACUACAUAGAGAACUUGUUUCUGCAUCUAAAUCUGACAACCUGGAUUACAGACUUGGGGCCAUUCACUCCUUGGUACAUAAGCUACCUGAGAAAAAUCGGGAAAUGCUGGAACCUAUAAUUAAACAUCUAGUGAACGUUUGUAGCCACAAUAAGGAGAACCUGAUGACAGCUUUUAACAUGGGGGUGAUAUUUGGACCAACGUUAAUGAGAGCGCAAGAAGAUACAGUUGCGGCCAUGAUAAACAUCAAGUUUCAGAACAUUGUCGUGGAAAUCUUGAUUGAGCAUUAUGAAAAGAUAUUUCAGUUCCCACCAGAGGAGAAUGCUGCUCCUCCAGUACCGCCUCCCAGAGCUGCGCCCAGGAAACGCCAGCCAAUCACCAUCUCCAAACGUCCUGCCCGGCCUCGGCCUAACCUCAACUCUCCCCUUUCUGAGGAUGUGGAAGAUGAUGCAGGAAGCACAAAUCACAAUGCCAGUGGUGCCAAUAGUCCAGAGACAGGUGGUGUGGGCUCCCUAUCAGGCCCUGUACCACUGCAGCGAAUGACUAGACCGAGUGUGGGCAGCCCAAGGGUGCCAGAAACUGAAUCUCCUCUUCGGCAGGCUGUGGGUAACCAGAAUUGGCGGCCGUUCUCGGAGACAGAAGUGGGACGGCUUGCACCGAAAAUGAAAGAUGGAGGUCUGAAGCUUGCACCAAAGUCUGUAAAUGGGGUGCCACAGUCUGAUCGGGCCAAUGCCAGUGCCUCUCGAGCAUCUUCCUUUCGCUCAAAUCCUACUUCUUCCAAGAUGGUUUACACUGAAGAUGGCGAUUAUAGUAACAUUAAUGUUCAUCGAGCCCACCAGGAGAAGACCUCAUCUGGCCUGCAACGCCCUCCCAUGAGGCCACCAGAUCCUCCUUGUCGAGAUAAAGUCCCUCCACCAAUGAAAGUAGAGCAGUCCACUAGCAUGGAAGAUACUUCAUCUUCUGUGGUUGCUUCCAGAGCCAAGUUUUUCGAAAAUGCUGCUAGAAAAACAGGCGGUUUGAACUCUUCCCCACCACGGUCUCCCCAUCUAGCACGCACGAUCACUGCGAAAGACGAGACCCCAAGCAACGUGCACUCAUCCAUUCGAUCAUAGUUGUGGUUUCUCACUCCUGUAGAGGUAGUUUUGUGAUUUCAUGAGAGAAAAGCCUGGCUGGUUUCAGGGAAGUUGCUGCAUCAGAACUGGAAUGAUUAUUUCUGUGAACUAACUUGCACUUACCAAGAUCUCAUCAAGAACACCAAAGAUUCUGCAGAUUAUCCACAUGGAUUGUAACUAGGGAAUGUUCCAUCCCAGCAACCUCUGGGGCAGUGUAUUAGACAACUGCUAUGAGUGGUAGUGUUCUUGGGGCUUAUUUGUCUUGAAUUGCUUUUUUUUAAUCAGUUCUGAUGUGUUUUAUUAUGUACCUAUUUUUGGGGCGAUGGGGGAAGCAACUCUGGCUUGUGUGAGGGCAGCUACACAUUUUAAAAUGUACAGUUGGUAAGCCACACAAGCUUCAUUAUAUGUGCAAUGUACUUUACUACAAAAAAACCCAACAAAAAGUAGGGACUAGCUUACAGAAGAUUUUGCUUGACUAUCACUCCAAGUAGGUUAAAUGUUUAAAAACAAAAGGUGGCUGGUCCAUACAUUUUAGAAAUUGUGUAAAUUGUGUUUAAAAAAAAUACAAAGCAUGAAGGGCUGCUUUUCUUGAUGGUAUGAACAGUGAAAAUAGUAUAUACUUGGGUGAGCGCAGGGUGGGCAGUGAGAAAUUUUUUGAAGCAAAGCCUUAUUAUUGUUCAGAGUACUUGAGGCAGUAAUUAUUGCUCUGUGACAUCAAAGGCACAAAUCUCUGGAGGCAUUUACUGUGAUUUGUUCCCCUUGAUGUGAACUGGGACAUUGUGACUUUAGGGCACCUUAUAUUUGGAAACUAUUUUCAAGCCCACCCUCUUUUGAUUGAUAGAAUGUUUUACACUACCAUCGAAGCACAGUCAAAAGGAGCUGCAUGUAGCAAAACAAUAUCUCAGCACAUAAAUGGAUAUGGCCAACAAGCCCACCUGUCUCACGCAGGUGGAGAAUCAGGUUCUUAAAUCCUAGUCAAUCACUUCUCAUUUUUUGAAGUAAAGGCUUCAUUUCAAAAAUGUUCACUAAAUUCCCUAAUGAACUAAUGAUUGAGAGAAUGUGAUGCAAUGGGACACACACUAUGCUUUCACCUCCAGGUCUUGGGUUUGGUUCUACCUCAGACUGGUGGGAUGAGUGGUUUACAUUGCUGCUGUAUCUAAGGGUUCCAUGAAAAGGGAGUUAGGAGCCUCAGUCUAGUUGUCGAUGAGGAUUGGUCCUUCAGUUGCCACCAACUAGCAAUGCAAUCAGAAGGAUUUGAAAAUUGAAAUGAUGAACCGAUGCAGUUGGAUAUAAUCUCCAAAGUCUGAGGACAAGAUAUAUUGUUGGGGCAGAAACUGCACCUUGGCUAACUUGAGAGCGCUUGGUGCUGCAGUGGGGUCAGAAGUGGGAAGGUGUUCCAUUCUUCAGUUCUAAUGCCCUGGUUGAUGUUUUUUGAAAAUAAAAGUUCACAAAUGAAGAAAGGAAGAUGCCAAAUAGUGAUUGUAAUUAAAAGCAGCUGUUAUAUAGUGUUUCCUUCAUGUGCAGAAAAUGAUAGGAUUCCAACUAAAGUAAUAAGUGAAAAUUGCUGAUUUCCAAGAGGUAACUGGAUCGUAAUUUCAUUUGUAAAUUAAAGUAUGAUUAAAUUAUUAGGUAUUUAACAUUCCUGGUAAAAAAAAAAUCCUCUGUAUACAUUGCUCCUUUACUUUGUCAAUUUAGUUAUAAAAAAAAUCCACUGAUAAAUCACUCCUUUAUUUAGCACACCAUAUUUGGAAAUAUUUUAGUUUUGGGAAAAUGAGGGCUAAGUUCAGCUUUGCAAAUGGAAAAGGGGAGCUGUUCCUGUUUAGCCAUUGAGCUGCUGAGGUAAGAAAUGGGAGUCAGCAGCUGUGCUAAAAAUUUUGAGUAAAAUCUUUGGUAAAACAGCAUUACAGAUGCAGAAUGUGGUACCUGAUUAGUAUGGGAAUUUUCAUUGGAUGGCCACAAAAACAGUUCGGUAAGGUGGACUGUCAGUGGCAUUCAGGCAGAUUGAAAGGCUGAGAUUCCGAGAGGUUUGUGUGGCUUGAAUCCCAAGAACUACUUACAAAUGUUUUCUGAAGUCCAACAUUAUGGUGGAGCUCAAACUCUGAUACUGCAAUAUGGAUGGUUUAUCAAUAUUUUCGUACUCACUGACAGAUGCAAUGCUGCGAAAGUCACUUCUAUUUACAUUGGACUCCAUAUUGUUUGUGAAGUCAACAAGUGGUUGAAAAGUUACGAAAAAGCUUCCAUUUCUUCUAUUGCAUGACAAGCAGCCCUAGCUGGCUGUAUAGCUGAUGUGGAAUGUCACAGCCCCUGUUAUUCAUAUCUAUUGUUGUUAUUGGAUAAUUCUUGCUUUAGUUUUUUUUUAACUAAUUAAUUAAUUUGUUGUUAGCUGUGCACAAUUGUUUUGUCUACAAAAGUGCAAUUCAAAAGGUUGUAAUAAUUUUUGGGACAUGAUAAGUGAUGUACAAAUGUUAGUUCAUCCAUUGUUGUCUUCAAGUCUUGAUAUAUUUGGCAAAGGAAACUUGCAAGAGGGACUAUUUGGAAGCCAUUACUUCAAACCCACCCUCUCGGCCAAUAAAAUAGUUCUUGCCCUUGCCUCAAUGAUGUGAGAUAAGUUAACAUGAACAUUUCAGCUGGCCAAUACUUAGGUGGUGGAUAUAUUUAGUAAUUAAUUUACAGGUCCUCCAUUUCCUAUAAGCCAAACAUCUGCUAACGUUGAGUGUAUGUCAAGCGAUAAGGUGAGAAAGAUGCUUGCUGCCUAACACUAAUCUUGCAUUCAGAAUUGUCAGACAUGCAGAAGGCAAGUCUGUCUGUGAUCCCCUGAUGUUUCGAGUUAGAACAUAUCUGGUUAUGUAACACACUGUUGGAUAUUUGACCCUUGUCUGAAGAAAGACUCUCAGGAUAUCACUCAAAUGUAUUUGCAUCAGUCAGGUACAUUUUAUCUAUUUUGUCGCUGGAAUAACCAGAUGGACUGAAAACUGGUAGCAAGACGUUCUGAGGUGGGUGGUAGGGAAAAUAUUGAUCAUCAUUCUUAAUUUGCUUCAGUUGUUUCUUGUUGACCUUUGUAGGAACUUUGAUAGUGUUGUAGCUCCACAAUUUCAGUUGGCUGUUCCCCUAAUGGCUCAGCUGGUAUAUUGUGUGAUACUGAACCAUACAGACUAGGAAGUGACAAGGUUCCAGUCUCUGUUCCUGUUGGAUAAGCUGACCUGGAACAUUGUAUAGGUUACCAUUUUUAGCCACUGAAAUGAAGGGGGUGGAAAAAUAUCAUUCAGGGCUCCCGUUUCUGAUUGCUGCCAGAAAGUAGGUUUGGUGAGGACAGGAUUGGCUCCACUGUAACAUAACGGGAUGAAUUAAUUCACUGUCCAUGGUUUCACAUGAAAUACGAACACUCUGGCAAGGUGCUGACCCUUAAAUCCAAUAGGAGUUGCUGUUUUCAGCAGAAGAGGGACAAAAUGGGAGAUAAUGGGGUAAACAAAUUUGAAAUGUAAAUGUGCAGGCACUAAUAAGUAUAAGUUUUGGUGAUUUCUAGAUAUUUUUGAUUUGAUUAAAGAGACAUAUUCACAACCUAUAGAUGUCUUGGUGACCAAUGUGGAAAGAAUUUGUUGGGAUGCCUUUAACUAAGGAAAUUCACUUCUUGGGAUCAUCUAAUUUUCAGAUUUUACUUUCCAUAUCCCAUCUUUAAGCAGUUUAAUGUUACACCUGUUUUAUUUUAUCUCUUACAUGGUGUGUUGCGGGGUGUAUUUCACAAUCAUAUCAAUGUAGCGGGUCUUUAAGAAGUCCAGGCUCCAUUUUAGCCACAAGAAGGGACAGUUUUUUUUUCCUAUAAUGACCUGCACUACGUGACACUUCUGACGGAAUAAACCUGCAGUGAAGAAUUGGAGCAAACUAAAGGCAUGAGAAUUCGGAUUCAAAACUUGGAAAAUGGUUCAGUGAGUUUGUUGGGGGUGGGUGGUUCAUGGAGGAGAAGAUCUUAACAAAAGAUAACCUACUUAAACUGAGAUGCAGUGACUUUAAUGCAAUUACUGAUAAAGAACGUGCCAAGCUAGGAAUUAAUAUCCAUCAGCCAAUGACUAUUCCCAUCUUGUACUGUAUACGUCUGCCUUGGCACUGUAGAAAAUGUAUAAUUAUGUAUUUGAUGUGCGCCUGCAUCUUUUGUAUGGCAUUGUGGCAACUUCCUCAACUGCGUUUUAAACUGCUGGGCUGGCGUUUUGUUGUUUUGUGUCUGGAGUAAUUGGACGUCAUCUCUUCGCUCACGAUGUGGGUUGAGCUUUUGAUGUUUAGGUGCUUUUUCUGGCUGUGGUCUUCUGUUUACUACAGGUGCAGUAUCUACAGGUUUACUACAACAAAUGUGGCACUUCCAUACAAAAACACAUGGCACCACCUUACCCCAAUAUUAUUUAAGGAAAAUACUCCAUUUUUUUUAAAAAAAAAGGUUUGUAUUUGAUAGAUCACAGUUAUAAUUACACUAACAUUGAAAUAUGUGUGUGAGUGAGUGAGUGAAAGCACAAACAAUAUGUGUCCCAGGCAGGAAGCUGUUUCACACCACUUUUUUAGUUUUCAAAGAGAGAAAGAUUAAACCUUAGCAAACUCUCUCCUGCAGGUGAAAUUCAUCUCCCUGGAUUUGUAUUAGGUGGGCUGGUGUGUGUGGUUGCCAAUUACUUGGUCUUCAUGUUUGCUAAGCAGCAGUUCUGUGGGAAAGGAGGAAUACUUUGCUUGAAAAUGAUUUCAAGAAAUAAAAACUUUUAGAUUGUUCUUGGAAGCUGAAACAUCCUUUACCAUCUUUUCAAUAUCACAUACUAAAGAAAGGCACAGGUACCUUUGUUUACGUAAGAAUAGUGGAUGCUUAGGGUUUAAUUAGCUCAUGAAUCUUUACUGUCAAAGUAGAAACAAAAGUGGUACAGGCAGAAAGAUAAUGCUUUGCAUUGUAAAAAUUGUUCUAAAAAAAAUCAGAAUCAAGGAAUAGCACAAAGAUCUUGUUCAAAAAGUGGGUUAAGUUAUUUUGCAGCUCAGAAAGCUAAUAGAAUAGUUCCCUACCCCAGCAAGACUAUCUGAGAAAUUUGCAGGCCCGAGUUGAAAAUAUGCAGAUGUGGAUCUUUUGAGAAAUUUGGGUGAGACAACAUGAAAAUGAUGUUGCUACAAUUUGAGUUUUUAAGGAAAGAUUUUGGGAAUUGCUUCCAUAAUUAAAAUUGACCUGUUUUGGUUCCUUUUUUUGCUCACUAAAAGUGGCAGCAGUGCUUCAUCCAGGCUCUGACCAAGUCACUUAAUGGGGCAGUGAUAUUCUAGGAAGGACACAACAUGCAGUAAUAAUGGGCAAAAAGUUCACAGGAUAAAAGCAAAUGAGAAAGGACUUUUGGCCCUUCGUAACCCAGCCAUCUAGAAAGGGAAGCCUAUCAUCCUUCAAGCACAGCAUCCAGUUGGCUGUUAAAUGGCUAUGAUUUCUAGUUUAUUCAGUGUGUUGAUUACUCAACCUAGUAUCAGUUCUAGAUUUGUCUGUAGUUUGAAUCUAUGAUCCACUUCUAGUCAUUAUAAUGUACCUUGUAAGCAGUCCUCCAGAUUUAACCUUUCUAAUCACCUUUGAGAGGGAACUUUAUGGAAGUAUUAAGAUAAUUGGUUAUCUAUUCUCAAGGUUAAAGGGCUCCAAUUUUCACUCAUGGCUCCUUGGACAGACUCUUGGUUUUUCACUGGUUCAGGAUUUGAACAUUACUGCUGGAUGUCAGUGACUAAAACUGGAUUCAAUACUUAGGAUGUGUAGUACUCUGGUACCCUGAGUUACACACUACUAAUUUAGCAAAAUAGUUCAGCAUUGUUUUCUUUGCUGUUCAGUAGUUAUUAUCAAUAACAACACAUUAAGUGUGUCUAUUACCCUAGGAUCCCUCAUCUCUAGCUAAAAUAAAAGCAACAUACUGCAGAAGCUGGAAACCUAAUUAGAAAUAGAAAGUGCUGGAAACACCCAGCAGAUCGUGCAGCAUUUGUGAAGAGAAAAGGUGAGUUAGCUGCCUCACCUGCAGGGUGCUUCCAAUAUUCUGUCUUCUUUAGCUAACUCAUUGAAUUUCUGACCUGGUUCCUUUCCUAAGGAAUGAAAAAUUCAACAUUUAUUCGUUUUCCUCCUUGCUAGUGAUUCAUAUUUAAUUCAGUUCUCUGCAGGAUAUUGGUUCAUUAAAAUACAUCUCGGGACAAGUCAUGCUCAAUAUUCUGCACAGGUAGAUAGAGGUAAACACUCUAAUACACUCAUGCCAAUUCGAAUAUCAUUUUUGUUUUCUGUUUGGGGAUGAGGCCUUGGAGAAAGUGUUGAUGAAGAUUGUUCCUUCCCACCUCCAACCAACUAUCCACCCAUCCAUGCAUCUGAUUCAGUUAAGAACACCUUUAAGUAUCAGAUUCCCCUGAUGUGUUUGAAUAUGCUAGACAUGACCAAUUGAAUAACAAAUACAAAGCAACAUGCAAAAUUUCCUUCGCUUUCCCCACCCUGAACUCUGUCUUACCAAACACUAAGAAGACCCCUACGUCUCCAGAACUUUAAAUAAAAAACAUAGUAACUGCUGCUCACAGGUGCAUUAGAAUGAGCAGGCCUGUUUUUAGGUUUUAUCUGCCCGCCCUACUUCAUGGAAAAGGGUUUUGCCUCCAUUUAGUACCUUCAUGGUGAUGAUGAUGGUUGAGAUUUAGAUUGUAGGGUGCAAAUGAUAUGUAGCAGUCUGCAUAGAUGGACAUUAAGGUAAACUACACCUUUAAACCAUUCCUCAGCACUUUCUUCUACAUGUACUGGAGUCUAAGUGAUGGUGGUGCCAUUCAAAUGCAUGUGCAUUGUAUUUUAAGUGUAUAUUGUGUUUAUUAUUACAUGUUUACUAUGGAAAUAAAAUGGAUGCUUUCAACUUA